CCUUUUCUCCUCGCUUUUUACUCCUUUUGUCCACUUUGAUACACAGUCAACCAUAGGAAGGCGUGGGAAGCCUUCAGUCCCUUCUACGACCCCCGCAUACUGUGACCUGCAUAUCCUCUCUAUCUCGCUUCACCAUUUGUAUGAAGAAAGUAAAAGGGAGUCAUUCAACACAAUGAAUCGUGGACAGCGAGGCCAGCGAUCAACACAAAAAUGUCGGGAUGUCGGAGGCCACACAAGGCCGUCCUUCUCAUCCUCGUCCUCCUCCUCCUCCUCGUCGUCUCCAUCGCAAUCAUCGCAGUCGCUGGGAUCUCGCACAACAAGAGCAAGUACACCCACUGAGCAGCUGGUAACCCCAACGCCAAAAUCCCAACCUGAACAACACCCAAGCCAUACUGCAGGGCAUUUGAUCGUUUAUGCACGGAAUGAUAAAGAGACUGUACGAGUACUUGUAGAGACUUUGGACGGUCUGAAACUCGCAGAAUAUGUGGUGGACCCGUCAAUACCAACAUGUGUGACUAUAACUUCGCAGGAUGGAUCAUCGAAGGCCUCACAAGUCUCAGCAGAGACUCGGACAGAUCAGCAACUCAAUGUAGUCCAGCAGUCGAGCGAAUCGGUGGUGAAAGGGAAGGAAAGCGGCAACGAAUCACUUAUCGAGAAAAUGAAUGCCCUCGAGAAAGAAUUGGGUGACACGAAGAAUACGCUGCAGCGUACGGAAAAAGAGUGCGCUGAAGUUUGCGACAAAAACAAGGAUCUUCGAAUAGGAAUACAAAAUCCUACUGUCACACUGGCAGAUUUUUUGCGAGGACGCACCUUUCUAGAGGAUGAACUUAAGAAAUGGGAGGACAAGUACAUGCCUGAUGCCAACAUUGAAAUGGAAGGGGAACUUGUAGAUGGUCUAGAAGCAUUCUUCUCGAUGAUAAAAGCGGAUUACUCAAUCUACCAACAGCAAAUCACGAGUCUCGAAAACGAAAACCGAACAUUGACAGAACAGGCUCAAGAACAAGCUAGACUAAGGCAAGAGAACGACGACCUAAGAACGCAGCUACGAGACGAAGCCGCUGCAGCACGAGAACAGGCCCAAGGACUAGCUAGACUAAGGCAAGAGGUCGACCAAGAACAAGCUAGACUAAGGCAAGAGAACGACGACCUAAGAACGCAGCUACGAGACGAAGCCGCUGCUGCACGAGAACAGGCCCAAGGACUAGCUAGACUAAGGCAAGAGGUCGACCAAGAACAAGCUAGACUAAGGCAAGAGAACGACGACCUAAGAACGCAGCUACGAGACGAAGCCGCUGCUGCACGAGAACAGGCCCAAGGACUAGCUAGACUAAGGCAAGAGGUCGACCAAGAACAAGCUAGACUAAGGCAAGAGAACGACGACCUAAGAACGCAGCUACGAGACGAAACUGCUGCAGCACGAGAACAGGCCCAAGAACUAGCUAGACUAAGGCAAGAGAACGACGACCUAAGAACGCAGCUGCGAGGCGAAGCUGCUGCGCGAGAACAAGGUAAUCACGCAUUCAGAUUAGAACGAAGAGGAUGUCAGCGACACAUAGAGUCGAAAGCAACGGGUGGUCAGUGGCAGCAGAUGGAUAGUGAACAGAUCGAUGAUCCUCUAGUCCGUUCAUUCUUUUCGAUAUGAUUAUAUGACUGGUGAUUAUCACGAGGCCUCCUACAGAAUGUUACCAUAGGCCAUAAAAGUUACAAUUUGAUUCUUUGGAUACAUGACCUAAUACUUGAAAUAUCUACAGAGUACGGAGAAUACAGGGUUAGGGCUUGGGCUAAUAAUUCUGCCAUUUUCUCGGCAUCCAAAGUAGCCCCGAACCUUACACAUGACCAUCGUUGUUGUAGCUAGUUUAGAUAGCCAAUAACAACAACCAGCACAAGGCCUACAUUUUC